UUGAAGGACGAGUCUAUUCAGCAGCGCUGUAUAGAAGAAGGAGCAAAUGUGAGGGACGUUGCAACAGAUGAACGUAAUUCCCAGGAAUCACCAUGUGCCUCUCUGGAUGUCACGGGAUUAUCUUCGCCAAUGGAGCAGGAAGCUGAGCUGUUUGAUGCAAAGGACUGGGAAAAACUUGCGAUGCAUACGAAAUAAGAGCAUCUGGAGAGCGCCCGUGUGAAGAACAGUGAUGAAGUGCGAAAGCUGAUGUGGAUGGUAGUGGAUGUGGAGAAGAUGCAGGAACGGCUGAAGGGCAGUGAGCAUCCUGAAAUUAUCCAGGCAGUUCAACACAUGCGAAAAGCUUUGUUGAGGGCGCUUCGCAGAAGCUGUUACAGCGAAGCGGUGCAGUGCUCGUUCGGCUACCCCCCGUUCGAAUCUUUGUCCAUUGAGGAAAUCCUCUGCAAUUUCGUCGUCUUUCAGAACGAAAGCAAGCAAAGGUAA